CGUCCAGCGCUGAUUUUAAAGCGGCGCUAUGAUCGAAACAGAAGCAGAAGAUACGUGCAGGCUUUAGUAGGUAACGUUAGCAAGUUUUUUAUUUAGUCCUUUUAACAGUGCGAUAACUUUGUGUAGUUUCACUUCAUUAUCGUCCUUUAAAAUGUCUGGACAAACGUUAGAUGUCACCGUAUUUCCACACGACUUUGCGUGGGGAGCUGCGACUGCUGCUUAUCAAAUAGAAGGUGGCUGGAAUAUGGAUGGUAGAGGCCCCAGCGUAUGGGACACAUUCUGCCAUGCCAAAGGAGGGGUGUUUGAAGACCAUACUGGAGAUGUAGCCUGUAACAGCUAUCAGCUCUGGGAAGAGGAUCUGAAAUGUAUCCAACAGCUUGGACUCACCCAUUACCGUCUGUCCAUAUCCUGGUCACGGCUCCUUCCCGACGGAACCACAAAUCAUGUCAAUCCAAAAGGAGUGGCCUAUUAUAACAAAGUGAUCGACGACUUGAUUGCUUGUGGUGUGACUCCCAUGAUCACAUUGUACCACAUGGACUUACCACAGGCCUUACAGGAUCUUGGCGGAUGGAGCUCGACAGAGAUUGCAGACAUCUUUGAAAGUUAUGCCAGGUUUUGCUUUAAGACCUUUGGGGACAGAGUGAAGCUCUGGAUCACACUGAAUGAACCCUAUGUUUGUGCCAAGCUGGGCCAUGAGGACGGGACCUUUGCCCCUGGAAUCAAAGAUCCAGGAAUAUCAGUUUACUUGGCGGGUCAUAACAUGCUGCGCGCCCACGCCAAAGCCUGGCAUACUUAUAAUACUCAUUUCAGGCCUUUACAAGCAGGGCAAGUAUCUCUUGCCCUGAACAGUGACUGGGCAGAGCCGUUGCAUCCGGGCUGUCCUAAAGAUGCUGCAGCCACUGAGCGCUACAAGGACUUCUCUCUGGGCUGGUUUGCCUGUCCUGUGUUUUGCACAGGAGAUUACCCAGAGUCCAUGAGGGCCAGGAUUCAGUCUAGGAGCUUGGAUCUGGGAUGCAAGCAGGGCUCAAGGCUUCCACGUUUCUCAAAAGAUGAGCCCUCUCCUCUGGGCACGGCAGAUUUCUUUGCACUGAACUAUUAUACGUCUAGGAAAGUAAAAGAUUUAAAUGAUGGUAGUAAGAAGAGUGAGCUCAGUUUUGUGGGAGAUCAGGGGGCAGAGGGUGUUGUUGACCCAUCGUGGCCCAUAUGUGGGGUGCACUGGUUGGCUGUUGUUCCUGAUGGAUUGCGGAAAUUGCUAAAAUAUAUAAAGGAGACGUACACCAGUCUGCCCAUUUAUAUCACAGAAAAUGGCUUUUCCCAGAUGGGGCCGGUUCAGAUUGAAGAUGCCGACCGUUGCCAGUUCUAUCAGGACACUUUGCAGGAAGUUGGCAAAGCUAUCAGUCAAGAUAGAGUGAAUGUAAAGGGAUAUUUUGCCUGGUCUCUGCUGGAUAACUUUGAGUGGAAUCAUGGCUACAGUGUGCGCUUCGGCCUGUUUCAUGUGGAUUUCUCUACACCUGAGCUGAAGCGCAUCAUUUACCGCUCGGGUAGAGAGUAUGCUGCUGUGAUACGCAAACAACGCUCUCAAACCAAACCCAGGAGCAUUUAACAAAAUUCUUAUUAAAUCAUCAUAAUAUUACCCUUGAAGAAAUUACGUCUAAUGUAAAUUCCAUAAUUCUAUUUUUGGGAGAUUAAUUAAUGAUGAGCCUAACAGUAUCAAAAGUGGUUAUUCUACAGUGUUGUUUGCUGUAAAAUUUAGUGGGUCACAAAAAUUGAAGUUUGAUGUUCAGGGGCUCUUGAACAUUUAGUAUGAAGCACGAAGCAAGAAAACCACAUUGGUUUUCUUCUGUUAUAGUAUGACGCUUUGUCAUUUUGUGUAUGAUACUUUUGUGGACUAUUCAUAAGCUAAAUAAUUUUGAGCUGGAUGAAAUUGGACCAAAAGGCAGGCAUUGUGCAUUCAAAGGAUACAGAUAGACAGUAUCUGAUUUGCUUUCUCUGACUCUAUUCUUGUACGGAAUCGUGCACAGAAAAAAAUGCAUAAUCAGGACAAAAAACUUAAAUAUGGUGACUUGAAAAAGAUUGAUUGACCAAGAAUUCCGAGUAGAGAAGUCAUCAUAGAUGAGUAUUACGUACAAAGAGAAUAAGAUUUUAGUUCCAAUGUUUUGUUGAUCUACACUGCCUCUGUGUGGUCCGAAGUGGUAUUAUACUUGGCACAGCAUUUUGUGCUGGUAUAUUGGCUUGAAUCCUACAGGCAUUAAACAAACCUAAUGGUGUAAGAUGACAACAUGUAUGAGAUAUUAAUGUAACAAUUUGUAGUAAUUUGCAUGAGGACAUGUAAUAUACAUGACUGGAUUGCACAUGUAAUUACUAUUGGGAAUGAGGUUAUGCUGAACUUAAUGGUAGCCCUGAACUCCCAAGGGAGUAAAUGACUGCAGAAAUUAUGGUUGUGUUCUAAUUAUUCACCCUGGAUCAGCCAUUAUUGCAUCAUUUAGAUGCAUAAUAUGAGAUCACAAAUCUUUAAAAAGAGGUUUAAGAGACAAUUCUUUGUGGGGGAGAUUAAAUAUUGAAAUAUUAGCAUUCGAAUUCUCAUCUUGUAGAAUGUUUUAGUGGUAUUUUUCAAACUGUAUUGUUCAGUCUAUUUGAAUCAGUGCACAAGUGUAUUAAGCAACAUUGUGAGCAAUUGUUAAUCCACUUAUUCCAGUCAGGGUGGCAAAUAUAUUAUUUUAAACAAAAUGUUUCUUAACUCUGAAUUAGUGCGUUUAAUUGUAACAAUCAAUCAUUUUCACUGAUGGACAUUUGUACAGAUGACAAAUUAAUCGAGGCACAAUUUUAUUGGACUGUACUUGUUAUAUUUUGACAGACCUUAUGAAAUAUUCACAAACAAGGGAACUCAUUAGAUUAAUAUAAAUCAACUGAAUAAUUUAGCAGCUAAUUAACUAUUUCUAAUAUGAAGGAGCCUAUAUUCAAAACUUGGAUCUUGUGUCUCAGUCCUAGAACAGGGUUGUUGCAACAUGGAAAUAUCUUAGAAUUUGUGAUUUUCAGGCUGGAAAAAGUCAUGGCAAUUAGCAAAAUUCUGAAGCGUAUUUUUCCUAGUUAUGCUCAUAUAUAUAUAUAAGUGCAGUCUUCUCGAUAACGUUAUUUGUAAUAAUCCAUACUUGCUAAUUAUGAAUAACUUCGAGAAAGUCAUAAAAGUGCAUAGCAGGUCACGAGGUGUUGGAACCCUGCUAGCUGGGCAUACUAUCGUUUCCAGCAUCUGUGACAGUAAGUGCCGAUUGAUUUGGCUCCAGUGCUGGGGGAGAAGUCAGCAGGGAGUGAAAGACGGUCCAGGGGAAUAAAGAUGUGGAAACGGAGAUAUCUUGUGAGAUAUAGGCAGUCUCAAUGAAUAAACCACAGAGGAAGAAGAAAAACAAAGCAUGAGAGAGAAUCCAUUUCAAAGUGCUUUGCCUAAUAAAGUCAAAUGCUGUUAACGUCUUAUGAAGUGAAAUGCUGCUUGUUUGUAAUGACAAAAAAAAUUAUUCAUGAAGACGCUCUUAACUUCAAAUUUUUGCUACUGGCUAAAAUACAAGUCUUCUAUGCGUAAUGUUGCUUUCUCCAGUUAAAAAGUCGUCUCAUCUGAAUCAGGAGAGAAAUAUGUACAGAUCAAGUCCCGUUUACAAGCAAAACAGUCAAACAAAUAUAUCAUUGUACUUUGAGAUGACAACAGAAGAUGCACUUGUUUAAUAGAAUAAGCAUUAUUAACAGCUGUUUGGACUCUCAUUCUGACGGCACCCAUUCACUGCAGAGGAUCAAACAAUAAGCAAGUGAUGUAAUGCUACAUUUCUCCAAAUCUGUUCACAUGAAGAAACAAACUCAUCUACAUCUUGGAUGGUCUGAGGAGAGUACAUUUUUUUGGCAAAUUUAAAUUUGUAUGUGAACUGUUCCUUUAAAUAAAUACGUAAAUGAAUAUGACUGAGGCCUUCCACUAUGAAUUUGCCAAUGUCUACACAUAAUACAUAACGAGCCAUUGCUGGUUCAGUGAUAUUUUGUGAUAAAUAUGUCACGUAGAUGUUUUCAUAUUAAAUUUUCUCA